AUGAAGAGAAAACGAGCAAAUGAGCAAGGCAUCACCGGAUGGGUAAAGAAUAUCCCAAACAACAAGGUCGAGGGUGAAGCCCAAGGGGACGAAAAAACACUGGAUGCGUUCCUCAAGGAAGUCGACAAGGGACCCAAAGGUGCACACGUCGUUAAGCUCGACAAAGAAGAUCGUGAUGUGGUUCAGGGUGAGACUGGCUUCGAGGUCCACCGUUGA